GUCCUUUUCUCGAGGUACAGGAAGUUAAAGCCCGCUGUUCUGGUUGGGCUCCGCUGAGUGAGAAAGUUGUUCGGGGUCUGUCGGCUGCAGGGUUUGGAAACAAAAAAUGGACAGCCAAGGAAGGAAAGUGGUGGUUUGUGAUAACGGCACUGGGUUUGUGAAGUGUGGUUAUGCAGGUUCCAACUUUCCAGAGCACAUCUUCCCUGCCCUGGUGGGCAGGCCCAUCAUUCGCUCCACAGCUAAAGUUGGCAACAUCGAGAUUAAGAAUAGCAAAAAGAUGGACCUGAUGGUAGGGGACGAGGCCAGUGAACUGCGCUCAAUGCUGGAGGUGAAUUACCCUAUGGAAAACGGCAUCGUCCGGAACUGGGAUGACAUGAAGCACCUGUGGGAUUAUACCUUUGGUCCGGAAAAACUCAACAUCGACUCGCGCAACUGCAAGAUUCUCCUCACAGAGCCCCCAAUGAACCCCACUAAGAAUCGUGAGAAGAUCAUAGAGGUUAUGUUUGAGACAUACCAGUUCUCAGGAGUUUACAUCGCCAUUCAGGCUGUGCUCACAUUGUAUGCCCAAGGUCUCCUGACGGGAGUGGUGGUGGAUUCAGGUGAUGGUGUCACCCAUAUUUGUCCUGUUUACGAGGGCUUCUCUCUUCCUCAUCUCACACGCAGGUUGGACAUCGCCGGCAGAGACAUCACUCGAUAUCUUAUAAAGCUGCUACUUCUGCGAGGCUACGCCUUCAACCACUCAGCAGAUUUUGAGACUGUACGUAUGAUGAAGGAGAAGCUGUGCUACGUGGGCUACAACAUUGAGCAGGAGCAGAAGCUUGCUCUGGAGACCACUGUAUUGGUGGAGUCCUACACGCUUCCUGAUGGCAGAGUGAUAAAGGUCGGAGGGGAGAGGUUUGAGGCACCAGAGGCUCUGUUCCAGCCCCACCUGAUUAACGUGGAAGGAGUAGGAGUGGCCGAGCUGCUCUUCAACACUAUUCAGGCAGCAGAUAUCGACACCAGGGCUGAGUUUUAUAAACACAUUGUUCUCUCGGGAGGUUCCACCAUGUACCCUGGCCUGCCCUCUCGGCUGGAGAGAGAACUCAAGCAGCUCUAUCUAGAGCGUGUGCUUAAAGGCGAUGUUGACAAGCUCUCAAAAUUUAAGAUCCGGAUUGAGGACCCUCCGCGGCGCAAGCACAUGGUGUUCCUGGGUGGGGCUGUGCUGGCCGACAUCAUGAAAGACAAGGACAACUUCUGGCUGACCCGGGAGGAGUAUCAGGAGAAGGGCAUGCGCGUGCUCGAGAAGCUUGGCGUCACAGUCAGAUAAACUCCGUUACAGUUUCAUAUAAACCCUCCGUGUCCUCUCCACUAUCCCAUAUACAGGAUAUCCACAGCAUCUGUCCAUGUGUGCGUUGUUCUACCUCCCACCUCCUGUGUUCUGCUUCUCGUGCCACUGAAUCAUGUGAUCACUCUUAGGAAGGAGAUGAAGGGAGGAGGGGGUGUAUUGUAUGAGGGAUACUGGGGAGGGAAGUUUGUGAGUUUGCCAUCCAGUUUCUUGGGCCCUCUGUCAUUUAUCCUGAUGCCCCAGUAGCAGAAAGCCAUCACGAGAGAUGUCACCAGCAGUCAUUUCAGCUUACGUCAGUCAGUCUCAUUUGCACUGCACUUAAUAACAGGUCCUCUGCGGUAUGGCUAUCGAGACUGUAGGUAAAUUGCAACACCAAAGCUAAUACUGUCUCACCAUAGCUUACUUAGGACCACCCGUUGUGUGCAUUAUGACUGAAACUGAUGCCAGUUGUAAAGGAUUCUGGUGACAUCUCUUAUAGCCUAUGUUAUACUGUCAGCCUAAUGAACGUUGAUUCAUUUGCUGAUUUGUGUUAAAGAAGAGACAAAUUCGAACCGAAACAAAACUAUUGAUGACGGUUAUUGGUUUUCUCUACUGUGCAUUCGUCUCUGGAUGAGGGGAUGCAGCUCCAGUCCUCCAUUUCUCUCACACUCUCUAUCCACUCUCCUUAUCCAUGUGUCAAGUGCUUGUCCUUAAUGAGUUCUUGUGCUCAGGGUUUUGGUUUGUUGGGCUAAAAAAGUUGGUUUUGUCUUUUUCUAGCUUUCAGCUUAACGUUGUAUUCCGGUUGCUUAUUUUUCUGUACUUUAGCAUUGACUCAACAGUCCCUUUAAAAUGGGAAUUGGCCAGUUCCUUCCAGCUCCCAGCUAUUCCAGAAGGUGGUCAAACGUUGUUAUAUGAGAGUGAGGGGAGAUUUGUUUUGCUUUUCUUCUUUUGAAUGUUCACUUUUUUCCUUUUUUUUUUCCCAAUUUGCAGUGCAUUUUUGACCUUAUUGAAAUUGUGUCUGGUAUAGAAUACACAAAUGUGUAGGUAUGUAAAGUUAAAUCAAAUGACUCCCCUUUUUAUUCAGACACAACAAUGAUAAUUAUAAGGGACUCAGUUUGUAACUGAGGUUAAGGGUGUCAAUCCAGUAUGUCUGAUGAUGAUUAUUACUAAGAACCCAAUAGAUGAGUGACAUGUAAUAUCAUGAAGAGGUUGGUAUUGUUUUUUUUUUUUUUUUUCUUUUUUGAGUCUUGGGGCCUCGUGUAUAUUAGAGGCACCUCAUACUCUUUGUACGUUUCCAUAAAUGCUCAUACAGUGCCAAGGGCAGUUGAUCUGACUGGAUCUUAUGUUCUUUUUUUAUUAUUAUUAUUAUUGUUAUAGCAUAACUGCCUAACGCUGAUUUAAAUAAAGAACAUGAUUUAUAAAUAA